UGAAAGAAAGUUUAUUAUAUUGAACAAAAUGGCAUUUAAUGUCGAUUCAUCUCUUCAUAAGGCGUCGGAUUUAAUUCAUGAAUUCACAUGUUCUCCAUGUGAAGAGGACGGACUUUACUCUGAGGCUCAGAACUUUUGUGUGGACUGUUCAAAGUACUACUGCUAUCGAUGCGAGCCCAAACAUGGCGGCCUGUUUAAGCGGCACAGCGUACUCGGCCGAAAGGACGUGACAAAAUGGGCGGCGGUGCCUUGGACGGUCGUGGACGAUCUGGAAAGAUGCGAGCACCAUCGCGGGAAAAAAGUGGAGCUGUUCUGCGGAGAUCACCAAGAACUGUGUUGCCAAAUAUGCGUCAACAUUCUUCACAGACAAUGUUCGUUGAUACAUAUACCAGACGUAGCCAAAGGAAUUUAUGACAAACCAGAAGUUAAACGGCUUCCACAACAAAUCGCCAACAUCCAAUCACAAAUCAAGAAGCAGACGGGUUCCCGCAAAAAUCAACAACAAUGUAUCCGCGACUCUCGUACACGUAUCCUACAAGAGAUCAGAACUUUGCGAAGUACAAUCGACAAUGCCCUUAACCAAUUGGAGCAAAACACAAUCAAAGAGUUGGACGUUAUGGUAGCAACACUUGAGCAGCAAAUAAAGACAAACAUUAAACAGUUUGCACAGUUCAGCAAAGACAUAAAAUCACUUGCAGAUUACAUUGCGAAGGGUAAGAUGGACGAUUCCCUGGCAUAUGUAGGAUAUUCAAAAUGCCAGAAAUUAAUUAGAGAAACCAAUGCUUUUGUCGAGGACAACAAAACCAAAGAGAAAGUAAAUUUGGAGUUUGUAUUAAAUACAGGGCUAAACGACGUUAUUGCUCCCCUCCUUUCUCUGAGGUGGUUUGGAGAGAUUACUGAUACGUCCCAUGUUUUCACGACUGAGCACGUGAAACGAUUUAAUACAGCAAUUGCAAGUGACAGAGAGCAUAAUACCAUAAGUGGAAUAUGUGAACUACUAGGCGGCGAGCUCGUUCUCGUUGACAAUUUCAAUAGCUGUAUAAAGCUCCUGAACCAGGUGUACAAGGUCGUCGAUCACUGUGACGUUCCAACUCAUCCACGAGAUGUGUGCCACAUUGCGGGUAAUGAGCUGGCAGUUUCUGUCAACUCUAAUAUUGAGAACAGACAUGAAGUUCGCUUCUUCAACGUGAUGAAUUCAAAGCUACAACAGACAAGAAAGAUAACGUUCAGUCACAGUGUACUCAAAAUAGCUCAUCAUAAAGGACGUAUGUACAUCGCAUCGGGCACUGCGCUUUACUCUUACGACAAGGCAAGCAAAGAUGGUGGAAAGUUGUUUGAGGACAAGUCAGAUACGCUCACCGUUUUGAAAUGUGCUGUAAGCUCUGACGGCAGUAAAAUUUACGUCGCAAAUUACUCCAAAGAUCAACUUCUUACCUUGGAUAGUGCAGGAAAUAAACUAGCAACGCUCAGCGAUCCUGAUAUGAAAAGUCCACGCGCUAUACACGUGUCGCCUGUAGGUCACGUUUUUGUCGGCUCUUAUGGCUCAAACACCGUACUUCAAGUGGACAGAGAAGGAAAGAGGAAGCUGGCUACACUAACCACACAGUUUAAUGGAUUGGUGAAACCACAAUCCCUGUGUUACUGUAGCCGUACAUCCUGUCUGGUUGUGGGACAAUUUGAUAAUAAUAACGUUAUUGUUUUAAAGUUGAAAUAAUAAAUAACAAUCACAUUCCACCGAGGGACUUGUACACUACAUGAUGAAACAGCCUAAUCCUAUAUCAAUAAGACUUUGUGUGAGUGUUACUAGUUUAUGAUAAUACAUUUUAGCUUAUGUAUUCAAAAUGUAAGAGUGAUGUACUGGUGUAUAACGUGUGAGUCGUAGAACAUUACAUAGUUAUAAAACAUCUUGCAGAAAUAAGUAAUAGUAUAUCUUUGAUGAGGUGUAAAUAAUUUACUUGAAAAUCAUUGUUUGAAUAAUCAUGUUUGCUUUAAAUGAAUAGUAUAAUAUAUAUCUAAAAUAUGUUAGUACAUUUAUUAUAAAAGAAAAUCAGCUUCAGAUGUAUAUUCAGCUGAUAAGAUGAAUGCUAUUGCUAUUGAUAUUAAGCGAUUACAAUUGAAUCUAUAAUAUGCGGAAUCCGAAUAUUUUGUAUGAUGUUCAAAUUUAAGACGACAGAAAAAUAUAUGAAAAAGAAAAUUUAACAUAUACAUGGUUAUCUUUAAGUUUUCUAAACCAUCAAUCUUAACGCUGCGCUCUGACUGAUUGACAGUUUUGACAAACAUUUUUGUCUCAUAAUCAGCUCUUUUAGGUAGCAAUGCCUUCAUUUCAGUCACAUAAAAGAACUAGAGCAGAUCUCAAUAUUUCGAAAACUGCCGAAAAUUUCAUUUUUUCUUAAAGCGUUUGUAAUGCUUUCAGCUAUGAAAUCCUAAAUUUUCCAACAUAGAUAUGGAUAUAUGCGUUCUAAUCUUUGGUAGUUGUCUUGUAUCUCUGGUUUCCAGAAAUUUUCGCUCAUUCCAAAACAAAAAAACACAGUUGUCAAAACGGUCAGUCUGUGAGAGUGCAGCUUUAACAUAUAUCUGUGACUCAAAAAAUACGGAAACAUAAUAUGUUUUAUAUGGUAUCAUGUACAUCGGAAGCAGCGUCUUAUAAUUAAAUAUAUGCUGUUUAUGUAAAAAGAACACUUUUGCUUCAAAGCAAUUUGGAAUCAUAGUUUUAAAGGCUGUAACAAACGUCAUGGAUUUGAUCCAGAUUUGCAAACUGUUUUAAUUAAAUAAAUGUGAAUAGUGCAUUCUGCAUUAUAAAGUUCAUUAUUUUUGUACUCUCAAGUAUCUGAAUGUCUUCAGAACAUUGUAUUGAACAUACAUAUUUAUUCACUCUCUGGCCGAACUAGGUUCUGAAUGACGUUGUAAUCCCACUUGUAUUCUUUAUUUCAAAAGUUACCCAGGAUAACUCCACUUGAAUCCCUCUAAUGCGUUUCUUUCUUCCAUUUGUUGUCACCCUUAUACUUGCGUGAAAUUACAUUAUUUCUUUAAUAAACACAUUUGAAAUAAUGUCGAUAAUAUCCGAAGAAUAGUAAUACUUUAGCGAACAUAACAAGCCCUGGUUUGUAUCUAGCACGAACACCUGCAAUAUUUUCAAAUUAAAGAAAUGAUACAAUUGUGGCAUGCGAGCUCCUUUAGUUUUAAUUUCAAUCUACUUGUAGGACAACAUGACAAUAACAAUGUUUUGGUAAUAAAGGUAAAGUAAUGAAGUACAAAAAUGCUCAAUACUCGAUAAUAAAACAGCCACCUCCUAUUAACAUUAGAAUUUCUGUAAUUGUUAGUAUAUAACUAGUUAUUACAGUGUAAUUGUUUGAUUGAUUUUCGGUGAUAUAAUGAUGCCAAAAAAUGUCAACAAAUGUGCUUAAUUGCUGAAUAGUGGAACAGAUAUGAAAAAGUAUUAUAUCUUUGAUUGGUUGUAAAUAAUGAACUUAUUAAUCAGUUUUGAAUAUUCAUAUUUGUCUAAAAUACAUACAUAUACAUAUUGCAUUGUAUAAUAUGUAAGAACAUAUUGUUUUCUUAUUCUGUUGUUGAUA